AGAUAAAAGAGUUGAUAACUGGACCCUCAGAUACAUGUAGUUAGAUGUCAUAAUGGUCUCAGUUUCUAGACUUUCUUGGACACUGGUUUUACUUAAUGGUUAAGCUGAUAGUUUAUUUACAGCAGUUAAUGUUUUGGGAGAGAGAUUUAUGACAUAAAACAGGAUUUUUAUGUAACAUGACUUUUGCAUUACAAUAGUCUGGGUUAUAUUUAUUUCAAGAGACAUAAUCUGACGUAAUUCACAGUACCGAAAUGCAAAACUGAUAAUUGAAAAGUAGCGGACAAGCAUUCAACAACUAGCUGCACAUAAAAGACUUCAAAAAACCCAGUUUCUAUAAUUUUAAAACUAGUAAGAAAAUAAAUCUGAGGCUAAAAUGUAGGUCAUGAGUUUGGAUGGCUAUCUAGAAAGAUCUUCCUAGAGGGAUCCUAAUAGAAGCAUGCAUGCUGUAUUCAUUCCUUUAAUCUGAGGUAGUGUACUGCAAGGUGUAUGUUACUAAUGCUGGCCGUGCUUGCAAGGAAUGAGCAAGGUACCAAACCACAGAAUCUGAAGCACCUUUGGACAAUAGUUGGUAACCUAAAGCUGUUAGCUCUGCCUUAUGGCCCAGCAUAAGGUACCAGCCCACCCUGGGGAAUGAGACAGCACAAGGAGGCUCAGCAUUCUGCCAACUCCUUUCUUGCUUGCCCAGCCUCCUGAGGGGCAGUGCCUGUCUCUGGUAGUUUAAAAUGUUGAGUGUUGCUGCCUGUGCCAGGGUGAUGGUCAGCACACAGAAGCUGGUGACAAAAGACAGGAUUCCUGACAUCCAUAUGGGAUGGUAGAAAGGCGCACCUCCUGCAGCUGAGAAAGAUAAUGGCCAUAGCAGGUUGGACUUCAUCCCAGAUGUGCUUGCGGUGCUGAAAAGAAAGUUGUGAAGAGUUCCCAAAAGGUAACAGCUGUGGCUAUGUUGAAUCCCAGCACUAUGUGCCAAAGAAACUGUGCAUAGCUGUGUUGUGCAGGACAUCCUGUCUGACCACAAUCCAGAUCACUGUCUUAGGGCCGUGUCUUGCUGGAUCUGUACCAAAAUUGGGAUGGCAGCCAAGUGGUAGGUGUACCUGUAAGUGUUGUCUUUCCAUUGCUGUGAAAUCACAAGUCUUCAGAAAGGACAUGAUGUGGGAAAACGGCUGCUGUGUAAGUGCUGUCUGUAAUUAAGGUGCAUUGUUGUAGGUAUGUAGCAGCUGUGGUGUAGCUAGGCUUGAGGCUUUUACAUUUAGGUGUAUUAGUUUACAUCUAUAUUAUAGAAUGUAGUGGAAGUCAAUUCCCCCGUGGUUCUACCUUUUUUCUUGAAGGGUGUGUAUGCUGUAGUUGCUAUAGUAAAGGACAUGCUAAGGUCACCACAGGCAGUAUUUCUGUACUUACUAAUUUCAGACUCUUAAGUCUUUCCAGAUAUUCUCUUGGGCUGAAAUAGCCUGUUUCUGAUGUCCACUCACAAAUUAUCCUGUAAUAAAAACAGCAAAAAAGCAAAAGCCAACCUUUUGAAAUUUUAAAACAUAUUUUGCCACGUGGGGUCUACACAAAUGAUCCUCUCGCUCAGCAUCUGUGACGAGGAUUGUGAAGCUGAACUGGGGGCUGUCCUUGCUAUGUCUGCUCAGAAGGAGAAGUUCCCAUUGAUUUGAAACGAAGAUCACUAAAGGCUGGGAGCGUGUUUGUGGGAAGGCUAAUUUACCGGUUCCUUCUCGCAAGAGCCUCUCCUGGCUCAAAGCGCAGCAUGGGCUGUCUGGAGGCGCCCGGGCAGCGCCCGGCGAUGCGCCGCGGCCGCAGGUGCGGUUUCCCGGGGAGCGGGCCCGGCCCGGCGGCGGCAGUUGGACCCUCGGGGCGGUUCCGCCCGGGCCGGGCCCGUCCAGCGGCCGCGAUGGGGGCGCUGCCGGGGCUCCUGCUGCUGCUGCUGGGCGUGGCGGGGUGCCCCGGGGCCCGGGGGGCCCGGCCCGCGGGGCCGCGCGCCGCCUGGGUGACGGUGCCGCGGCAGCUGAGCCCCCGGGCCCGCGGCGACGCCCCGGCCCUCUCCUACUGGCUGAACGUGGCGGGGCGGCCGCGGGUGCUGCGCCUGCAGCCCAGGAGGGGCCUGGUCUCCCGCCCCUUCACCCUGGUCACCUACGGCCGGGACGGGACCCGCCUGGAGGAGCACCCCUACCUGCGGGACAACUGCUUCUACCAGGGCGACGUGCUGGGCAGCCCCGGCUCCCUGGUGGCCCUCAGCACCUGCGGCAGGGGCCUCCAAGGCGUGCUCUGGGUGGGGGACGAUACCUACGAGAUCGAGCCCGUCCCCAAUGACCCGGCCUUUCGGCACAUCCUCUACCGCAUGGAGGAGACCGACAGCCCCGAGGGACCCAGCUGCGGACUGACGCCGGAGGUGCUGCAGCAACAGAAGGCUGUGCUGCCGUGGUUCAAGGCUGCCAAGGCAGAGGAGGAGGACGAAGGGCUGGAGUACUGGUGGACGCACAUCAGGUAUGUGAAGAUGGUAGUGGUCGUGGACAACGUGCGGUUCGUGAAGUCGGGCAGGAGCAAAUCCCAAGUCUUGAAGCACGUCAUGCAGAUCAUCAAUGCUGGGGACACUGUGUACAAACAGCUUUCUGUCCGGCUGUUUCUUAUAGGACUAGAGAUCUGGACUGAAAGGAACCUUAUAAAUGUUACUAACUCUAUUCCCCAGGUACUUAGUGACUUUAACAAGUGGAGAAAGACAAACCUGUACCCUCGUCUGAAGCACGAUGUUGCUCACUUAUUUGCAUUUCAGUGGUUUGGAAGCCCCCUGGGACUGGCAUUUAUAGGGACGGUGUGUGAUUUCCACUGGUCAUCGGCUGUUAUUUCCUUCACUGAGAGAAAGUUGUCCGGAGUUUUUGUCACAUUUGUCCAUGAGCUGGGCCAUAAUCUUGGGAUGUCCCAUGAUAAACCAGGAUGUAAAUGCAAACGCAAGACAUGCAUUAUGUAUGAAAACAAUUCUGAAACUGAUGUGUUCAGUGAGUGCAGUUACAAGGAUUACUUUGACUUGCUUGUAAAUGGCGCUCCGUGCCUUCGACAGCCACCGGCACCUGGCUCUUUCUACACGGACAAACGUGAAUACUGUGGGAAUAAGAUAGUAGAAAGUGGAGAGCAAUGUGACUGUGGUUCAGCAGCAAACUGCAGAAGGGAUCCUUGUUGCCGCGCAAACUGUACAUUUACUGCAGGUUCGGUCUGUGCGUCUGGAGAAUGCUGCAAGAGCUGUCAGGUCCUUCCAGCAGGAACGGUCUGCAGAGCAAGUACUGGCAGCUGUGACCUGCCAGAGUAUUGCGAUGGGAUUUCCCCUCAGUGCCCACUGGAUGUGUACCUACAAGACGGAACCCCUUGCGAAGAUGGGAUCUAUUGCUAUCAAGGAAAAUGUUCUUCCCACAGGAAACAGUGCCAGGAUCUCUUUGGCAAACAAGCCAAGGUUGCCCCUUUAGAUUGCUUCAAAGCAGUGAAUACUCAAGGUGACCGGUUUGGGAAUUGUGGUAUUCAUGAAAAUGGCUAUAUGACAAAAUGCAGUACUAAGAAUGUCUUGUGUGGUAGGAUUCAGUGUGAAAACAUACGCAAAAUACCUUUCUUGGAGAACCAUGUAACGCUAGUCCAAACUCCUGUUCAAGAUACAGAUUGUUGGGGUCUUGACUAUCACGUAGGGAUACCGAGAGCAGAUGUGGGAGCUGUGGAAGAUGGCACGCCAUGCGGUAGUGAUAUGCUUUGUAUCAACAGGACGUGUAGGAGUGUAUCAGAGCUGAAGUACGACUGCAACAAGACAAAAUGUCACGACAGAGGAGUGUGUAACAAUCGUAAGAACUGUCACUGUGAGUAUGGCUGGGCUCCUCCAUAUUGUGAAUUUAGAGGAUUUGGAGGUAGCAUUGACAGUGGACCCCCUCCAGCCACCAAGACUUGUCAGAGAGCAAAAGUAAGACUAACACUGUUCUGGUUUUUUUCUUUGUGUAUUGUUGGAGUAGCCCUUUCCAUCCGUUAUAGACAAGAAAUAAAGGGAUGGUUUACAAACUUCAAGGCCAAAUCCCAAAGAACACUGCAGUUGUUUCAAAGAGUGAAAAAAUUAGAAGUUCCCAAAGAAAAGAGUCAGUCAAAAUCCAAUAAAGAUCAAAAAGCAGUGGCUUUGGAUGCUCUUAAGGAAACCUCCCUUUAGCAGAGCCAUCUGAUAACUCAUUAAAAUAAUUCAACAGGUUCUGAACAGCUCUAAUCUCAUGUGAUAUCAUUAAAUGCAGAGUAAAUGUAACCUCUGUCUAUUUUCUUUUAAGUUAUUAAAUGCUGGCAGUAAGGCAUGUUGGGCUUUGUACCCUGAGCUCUUAAAAUGAUGUAAUUAAGUAAACUGCAGGUAUUGUGUUUAUGCUUCAUAUCUACAGUUUAAAAAUGCAAACUUCUUAAAACAGGUCUAGAUAAAUUACUUGCUUCAAUUUCCUCCUUCACCUAAUGUUUUCUUCAAUUCAUUGAAAGAGAUUUUGUGAACAUCUUCUGUCAUUCAUUAACAACCAAAGAGAAAAAUGGCACUUGCAGUGUCCACUGAGUUCCUUCCAGACAAACCGUUCUGUGUCUCUGAUUUAAUUCUCAUCUGUGACACACAAACAGGCAAGGAGCAGGUAUUGCAGUGAGCUGCAGGUGUCUGUUUCACUAGUGCUUCCAGUGCUUACAGGGAGCAACCCUUCAGGAUGGAGGUAGACCAUAGGGAACAGGCUCUUCCUUCUGUCAUAGAGAAGGAUUAUCCAGAUCACAAUCCCUAAGCAUUGCAUUUCUGAACUGUAAUAUAUAUGUCAACAGUCUAGUGACACCAAAUCUGGCACUUCACAAGAACACAUAGUUUUUAUUUCCUGGAAAUUUUCCAGUGUCUUGUCUGCUGGCUGCUUCUGAGAAGUGCUGUGUAUUUUAUUGUCAUGAAAAUGGAGGAGUCUGUGUGGUUCCCCAAAUUAACUGCAUUUCUAAAGUAUUUGGAACCAUUCUGCCAGUCUCCCCUACCUAGAAUUCCUGCAGUAUUUGAUAGAUGCUUUAUCUGACUGUCUCAGGGGGUUUCUCUUGGCUUGCUCUUUCUUCUUGGCUUUCUUCAGCUAUAACUGAACGUGUCCUUGCAGCUCUAUAGAGUGCCACACAGAAGUAUAGUAAUUUUAAUUUUUUUAACAAAGCAAAAAUAUGUCUAACUUCUGAAAAAUAUUAGGGACAUGGAAAUACCACUCAAUAAGUUUUAUUAUUAUUAUUUAUAUUAUAGCAGUAACUAGGCCAUUCUAUCAGAUCAGCAUUAAGAGGACUGUAGUCUAGAUCACGGUGAAAACUUUUUUUACAAGCUGUUUCAGGAUAAAGGGCUAUAUUGCACUUGUCUGCUAACAAAAGAAUUACUUGCAUUUAGAAAGCAGAAAGCACACUUUUAGCAAACAUUCUGUAAAGGCAGGGUAAGUACCCCAACACCAGGGAACAUUUGGAAAGAAAGAUGUUAGUGACUACAAAUUAUGAUGGUCAACUACUGCUGCCUCCGAAAUAUAUAAUUUAUGUUUUUAGAAUAUGCAUUUUCCUGUAAUUUUUAAUGUGUAUUUUUUUGUGUCCUGUAUCCAAAAAGGGCCAAUUGCAUUUUGAUGGAAUGUGAAUUACAAAGCAUGUGAUUCACAGUUGUUCAUAGCUUUUUGUCUAGAGCAAACAGGUCCUUAAAUAGUUAUCUAUCUAUACUGUCUGCAGAAAUGAGGUAACACAUUGUUUGUUUAGGCUGUGCUUAUUGUCAUGAUAGAACAUGGGUGGUUUUGAUUAGAUGAUAAAAAUUUAUUCCUGCAUUUUUGUCAAUAGGCAAGAGAACUACCCCUUGACUAACACCACAGAUUUAUUCCUCAUAACCAGAGACUUCUUCGGGUGGGUGGGGAGAGUGGGAAGGGUGUCCUCUGAGGAAUAACAAUUACAAUUCAGGUGUUGCAAACAAGGGAUAGGAGACAGAAAAGGGAGAUGUGGAUUAGUUGAAAGAUGGAGAUAAAAGGUAACACAGGCACUACACCCAGCACUUUCCAACUAUCUGUGCACAACUAGUACCUACUAAGACAUUUUUUUAAUUUUGCUUUUUAAAUACAAAAAGAGUGGCAGAAGUUUCAGGUUGCCACCUUGAUGGCCUGCCACUGUUGAUUAAUAGUGUAGUAUAAAUUGCGAAGUAUAGAUCUGUGCUGAGACAGAGAAGCAGCAGAGUCAGGGAGUUCUUGUUUACAGACCUGCGUGCUGAAGAGACAGGUGUAAAUGAAAGCACAAUUUAGGCUAGAAAGCUCACUUGCAAAUGCAGUUUUGGGAAAGAUAAAGUAAUAAAAUGCCGUAGUAUCUGUUUUUCUCUAUGUGUAAAGAUUGAUCUGAAAAACCAGGAUUUAACUGGGAGGAGGCUUUCAGUGAGCUUUGGAUAGGAGUAUUUCUGUAUACUUUUCUCCCAUUUCUUCUUGGGCCACAUAAGCAAGACAAACAUGUAUCUCAAGAAAUCUAGUCUAUGUUUUAUAAAAAUGUGAGCUCCCUUUCUGAGGUUUUCUCUUUGAAAAUAUUAUCGUUUCUGAUUUCAACACAGCAAUGAAAAACUUGAUGUUUUUGGUAUUUUGUUAGAAAUGUCCCCCUACUGUGAAGGUGCUAUGAAGGUGCAAGUCCAAGUUCAGUCCUAAUCUUUCUGGUUUCCUUUUUUUUCCCCACCUGGUUCUAACUGCAUUUUAAAAUGCUUUAGAUGGAUGAGAGAACUUGGUUAAUAUGUAAGUCACUUGUACAUGAAGAGGCAAUUUGCAAAUAUUGCAGCACCAUCUCCCAAGAGAUGUGGGUCACUGUAGUACAUGAAAUGGUGCUGGAGGAAAUAAGAAGACACAACCUGGACUAGUGAAACCCCAUCACACAGGGGGUUGGAACUAAAUAAUCUUAAAGGUCCCCUCCAAACCAGACCAUUCUCUGAUUCUAUGAAAUGGUCUGUGCCAGUGCAGUAAGAGUAUUAAGUCUUAGGUAGGCGUUAAUAUGUGGCAGACAGUCGUGAUAGCUGAAGCCUGGAGCUGCCUAGGACUAAGUUACAAUAUACACGUUUCUUGUUUGAAAUCUAUUCCUGGCUAAAGAAAACUUCUAAAAACACUUAAUAUUGCAGUUAUCUCAGAUCAAGGUAAAAUUGGUUUUGUUCUAAGCCAAGACUGUAAUCUCUAAAAUACAUUCAAUUGCUGCUAAGGAAUACUGUGUAUCUUGAAGGAGUUUGCCAAGUACCUCAUAGCUGCUUGCUCACUCUCCUCCCACCGCCUCCCAGUGGGAAGGAGAUUCAGGAAAAAAAAGGUAAACCUUGUGGGUUGAGAUAAAAACAGUUGAAUAAUUGAAACAACUAAAAUAUUAGUAAUAAUAACAACAAUAACAACAAUAACUGAGACUCGAGAGUAACAGAACCCAAGAGAAACAAGUGAUGCGCAGUAAAAUUGCUCACCACAUGCUGCCUGAUAACCUGCCUGUCCCUGAAUGUGUUUGGCCCCCUUACAGGUAACUUCCCCAGCUUUUAUAUACUGGACAUGAAAUUCUGAGGUAUGGGAUAUCCUUUUGUCCAGUUUAGGUCACCUCUCCUGGCCAUGCUCACUCUCAGCUUUUGUGCACCUCCUCACUGGUAGAGUAUGAGACACUGCGAAGUCCUCAGCUUAGGGUGAACGCUACUUAGCAACAACAAAUUGUAUCACACGAGUCAUGGUUUUGUUUACCAUUGCGAGUGUAAUUGGACCUUGAAUGUCUGUCUCCCACCUCUGAAGCAUGUGGUCUAACUCUCAGUUUAGGACUAAGCAGUAAUGUUGUAGCAGAGAUCCAGUGCCCAGGUUAUCUCUCCCUAUUAAAUUCAGGAAUCCAAAAGUGCAGAUAUCUUGGAACAAAUGCAGUCAAAAACAUCUGUUAUCUUUACUGCAAUGCCAAACAAACAAAAUAGUACUGUAACACUGAAGUGUAACUAGAUGAGCUGGUCCUCAUUUCCAUCAGAGAAAUUCCUGCAGCAUGUAGAUGUGGCUGUCCACAUAGUGCCAAGUAGUCAGGUGGUACAACUGAAUGAGGCUUCUUCAUUGUUCCCUGUUGUCAUUGUCUGUAUUGACACACUUGUAAUAUAAAGAAAUAGAUAAGGAUAAUUUUGUCCUUGCUAUUUCCUGAUAAUCUAUUGGUUCAAUAAACCCUGAGUCCCAGGUUCAAGUGGCUCCUCUGUUACACAGCAAGUUGAACUACUUUGCCCUUUAUUGCUAGGUAAUUAUCUGUUCUGUUGAGUUCUGAGGAAAUUCCUCAAAUCCUCAGACCAAACACCUUCUACAGGACCUAGUUAAGUAUUUCUUGCCUCAGCAGUGGCACGGUGGCUCUAUGCACUUUGUGUUUCUGAAUCUAGAUCAC